AUGCUAACGCCUCUCAUCGCUGCACUUCGCAAUGGUUCCACCUCGAUUCCAACCGCAAUCUUCACCGCGUCGCUUGGAGCGCAUCCGUUUAUGCAACUGGUCUUCAACUUCAUUGUUCUGCGCGCUAUAAUCUCGGACUCGGAAUACAGCUCUGACGAAGGCGAUAACACCGAAACGUUAGCAGUCAAUGAAGAUCAUUACCAAUCUUGCUAUCCUGCCAAUUCGAUUUGCGGAAUGAGACGAAUGCACUGCGGAGAUAUUUGA